AUGGCCCGACCUGGCCCCAGCUCUGUCAUGGCCCAAAGGCUGUCCUGUGGGGGGGCCCAGGGGCCUGUGGGGAAAGAGGCUGAGGAGGGGCUGGGCCUGGAGAAUAGGCCCCUCUCUCAGCCCUGGGAUCAGCCGCUCCAGGCCCCAGAGGGGACUGGCUGGGGUGAGGAGAGCUGGGGCUGGCCCUGCCCAGGCUGGGUUUUCUCUCUGACUGGAGAGAGGCCCCCAGUCUGGCCCCAGCAGAUUGUGCAGGCACUGAAUUCCCUAGGCAGCAGAGGUCUUGGCCUCAUUAGCCCUGCCUGUGGCCCAGCUCCCGCCCGCUCCCCGUCUGGCUCUGGGGGGCAGGAACUUAGAGCCGAGGAGUGGGGAGGAAUAAACACACUCUGCUUGCCUUCUCGCCUCUGCAGAGACACAUCUCCACAUCCGGCGCCCGAGUCCCCUGAGCUGGAAAAGAGAAUCCGGGAUUUCCCACGAGAGAACAAUCUCCAGGAGGCAGUGACGGGAUUCCUGGGUAAGGGGCUGGCUGCAGAGAGAGGACUCAGAAGAGCCCGAGGAUUCGCAGUGGAUGUGACUCUGGAUCCAGACACGGCUCAUCCCAACCUCAUCUUGUCUGAGGAUCGGAAAUGUGUGAGACGCGGAGACACACACCAGGGUCUGCCCAACAACCCUGAGAGAUUUGAUUAUAGUGCCUGUGUCCUGGGUGCUCAGAGAUUCAUGGGCGGGCGGCGUUACUGGGAGGUGGAAGUGGGAGACAAGACGAGAUGGGCUCUGGGGGUUUGUAGGGAAUCUCUGAGCAGGAGGGGGCAGGUCACACUCACACCUGAGGACGGAUACUGGACUGUGCGGCUGAGGAGUGGGGAAUACAGGGCUCUCACCUUCCCCUCAGUCCCCCUCCCUGUGAGCUUUAGGCCCAGCCCGGUGGGGAUUUUCCUGGACUAUGAGGGGGGCGAGGUCUCGUUUUACAAUGUGACUGACAGGUCCCAUCUCUUCGCUUUCACUGACACCUUCUCCAGGACACUCCAUCCUUAUUUCCAUCCUGGUCUCAGUGCUGGGGGUAAAAACGCGGCUCCCCUGAUAAUCUGCCCAGUCCCAGAUCAGGCCGGAGGGAAUUAGGGUGGCCAGGUGUCCAUACACCCGGUUGAAAAGGGACCCUCCCCAGCCCAGUGAAAAUAAGCGUGUGAGUGAGG